CCUAAUUUCAAUUUAGGGUUUGCAUUCCUACUGCCGAAUCUCCAGAUCGCGGCGUCUCUCCGCUCGUAUUCUCCAGCAAACCCGAAAAUGGCGACUCAGAUCAGCAAGAAGCGAAAGUUUGUGGCCGAUGGAGUGUUCUACGCGGAGUUGAAUGAGGUGCUGAUGCGCGAGCUCGCAGAGGAUGGAUACUCCGGUGUCGAAGUCAGGGUCACUCCAAUGAGGACUGAGAUCAUCAUCCGCGCCACGCGCACGCAGAACGUACUUGGGGAGAAAGGGAGGAGGAUUAGAGAGUUGACUUCUGUGGUACAAAAGAGGUUCAAGUUUGCAGAGAACUCUGUUGAGUUGUAUGCAGAGAAGGUUAACAACAGGGGUCUCUGUGCCAUUGCUCAGGCUGAAUCUCUUAGAUACAAGUUGCUCGGUGGCCUUGCUGUGAGACGUGCAUGCUAUGGUGUUUUGAGGUUCGUCAUGGAAAGUGGCGCCAAGGGUUGUGAGGUCAUUGUCAGCGGGAAGCUGAGAGCUCAGCGCGCCAAGUCAAUGAAAUUCAAAGACGGCUACAUGAUCUCUUCCGGCCAGCCGGUCAAAGAGUACAUCGACUCUGCUGUCCGACAUGUCCUCCUCCGACAGGGAGUUCUCGGCAUCAAGGUUAAAAUCAUGCUCGACUGGGACCCCAAAGGUAAAUUUGGCCCGACUACUCCUCUUCCAGAUCUCGUCACCAUUCAUACCCUGAAGGAAGACGAUUUCAUUAUUCCGGCCCCUGUACUGCCCCCGGCUGAAAUCGAGCUCCAAGCUUAGGGCUUUUUUGGAUCGGACCUGAACUAAAUGUGUUGUUGACAAGUCUUGAGAGGUAACUAUCUAUAUGAUUUUUAAUGUUUAAAAAGGGCAGAUUUUGUGUGGCACAAUUUUCGCAUUUGUCUGUAGCUGCUUUUGGAUUCAAUAUUACCUGCUUUUGCAUACUCUUUAAUUUAGAUAAUUUUGGGCGUUAUUUUA